UUUCACUUCUUGAGCUCGUGGAGCCGCGGUGUCCUCUCCCUCCGUCCAAAGCAGGUUGUUGUGUUGGUGUGACGGUGGGGGCUCUGCUAUGGAUCAGUGUGAGGACAGAGAGGAGGAAGCCCCUCCCUCUGAAACCUCUCUGUGUGGGCAACAUGACAGAACGACCACAGCUCAGAGGAUCCAUCAGAGACCUAAAUCUCCUGAUCCCAGCUGUGUGUCCUUCAAGAGCGACCGGUCGAAGGAGUUUGAUAUUAAUUUUAAACAAAGACAUUUAUCUGAUGAAAAGAUCCAUCAGAGACCAGACUCUCCUGGACCUGGUUCUGAGCCUGAACCCAGCUGUGUGUCCAUGAAGAGUGACAACAGUAUGAAGUUACCUUUAAACUUCAAAGAUAAACUCCAGUCGGUCGAUCAAAGAGUGGACCAGGAGAGCUCAGAGGUUCCCAGUGCUCAGUCUGCCCAGCAGCAUCAAACACAGCUGGACUCCAUAUUUAUGCUGCUGGAGGAGAACAUGGUCACUUUUGUCAAGAACGAGCUGAAGAAGAUGCACAAGCUUCUGAGUCCAGAUUACCCAGAAUGCUCAGGGAGUCAGAGGGAGGAUGAGGAGGUGUUGGACGGUGAGGAUGAAGAGCAGAGGAGGAGCAGAGAGGCAUUUGUGAAGAUCACAGUGAACUUCCUGAGGAGAAUGAAGCAGGAGCAGCUGGCUGACUGUCUGCAGAGCAAACUUAUUGCUCCACUUUGUCGACGUGAACUCAAAUCUAACCUGAAGAAGAAGUUCCAGUGUGUGUUUGAGGGGAUCGCUAAAGCAGGAAACCCAACCCUUCUGAACCAGAUCUACACAGAGCUCUACAUCACAGAGGGAGGGACUGGAGAGGUCAAUGAUGAACAUGAGGUCAGACAGAUUGAAACAGCAUCCAGGAAACCAGUCAGACCAGAAACAACCAUCAGACAAGAAGACAUCUUUAAAGCCUCACCUGGAAGAGACGGACCAAUCAGAACAGUGAUGACAAAGGGAGUGGCUGGCAUUGGGAAAACAGUCUUAACACAGAAGUUCACUCUGGACUGGGCUGAAGACAAAGCCAACCAGGACAUACAGUUCACAUUUCCAUUCACCUUCAGAGAGCUGAAUGUGCUGAAAGAGAGAAAGUUCAGCUUGGUGGAACUUGUUCAUCACUUCUUUACUGAAACCAAAGAAGCAGGAAUCUGCAGGUUUGAUCAGUUCCAGGUCGUGUUCAUCUUUGACGGUCUGGAUGAGUGUAGACUUCCUCUGGACUUCCACAACACUGAGAUCCUGACUGAUGUUACAGAGUCCACCUCAGUGGACGUGCUGCUGACAAACCUCAUCAGGGGGAAACUGCUUCCCUCUGCUCGCCUCUGGAUAACCACACGACCUGCAGCAGCCAAUCAGAUCCCUCCUGAGUGUGUUGACGUGGUGACAGAGGUCAGAGGGUUCACUGACCCACAGAAGGAGGAGUACUUCAGGAAGAGGUUCAGAGAUGAGGAGCAGGCCAGCAGGAUCAUCUCCCACAUCAAGACAUCACGAAGCCUCCACAUCAUGUGCCACAUCCCAGUCUUCUGCUGGAUCACUGCUACAGUUCUGGAGGAGGUGAUGAAAACCAGAGAGGGAGGAGAGCUGCCCAAGACCCUGACUGAGAUGUACAUCCACUUCCUGGUGGUUCAGUCCAAACUGAAGAAGGUCAAGUAUGAUGGAGGAUCUGAGACAGAUCCACACUGGAGUCCAGAGAGCAGGAAGAUGAUUAAUUCUCUGGGAAAACUGGCUUUUGAGCAGCUGCAGAAAGGAAACCUGAUCUUCUAUGAAUCAGACCUGACAGAGUGUGGCAUCGAUAUCAGAGCAGCCUCAGUGUACUCAGGAGUGUUCACACAGAUCUUUAAAGAGGAGAGAGGCCUGUACCAGGACAAGGUGUUCUGCUUCGUCCAUCUGAGUGUUCAGGAGUUUCUGGCUGCUCUUCAUGUCCAUCUGACCUUCAUCAAGUCUGGACUCAAUCUGAUGUCAGAAGAACAAUCAACCUCCUGGAAGUCUAAACUGUUCAGAAACAAACCUGAACCAACACUCUUCUACCAGAGAGCUGUGGACGAGGCCUUACAGAGUCCAAAUGGACACCUGGACUUGUUCCUCCGCUUCCUCCUGGGUCUUUCACUGCAGACCAAUCAGACUCUCCUACGAGGUCUGAUGUCACAGACAGGAAGUGGCUCACAGACCAAUCAGAAAACAGUCCAGUACAUCAAGAAGAAGAUUGAAGAGACUCCCUCUGCAGAGAAAAGCAUCAACCUGUUCCACUGUCUGAAUGAACUGAAUGAUCGUUCUCUAGUGAAGCAGAUCCAACAGUCCCUGAGAUCAGGAUGUCUCUCCACAGAUAAAAUGUCUCCUGCUCAAUGGUCAGCUCUGGUCUUCAUCUUACUGUCCUCAGAAGAAGAUCUGGAGGUGUUUGACCUGAAGAAAUACUCUGCUUCAGAGGAGGCUCUUCUGAAGCUGCUGCCAGUGGUCAAAGCCUCCAACAAAGCUGUAUUGAGUGGCUGUAACCUCUCAGAGAGAAGCUGUAAAGCUCUGUCCUCAGUCCUCAGCUCCCAGUCCUCUAGUCUGAGACACCUGGACCUGAGUAACAACAACCUGCAGGAUUCAGGAGUGAAGCUGAUCUCUGCUGGACUGGAGAGUCCACACUGUGCACUGGAGACUCUCAGACUGAGUGUCUGUAACCUCUCAGAGAGAAGCUGUGAAGCUCUGUCCUCAGUCCUCAGCUCCCAGUCCUCCAGUCUGAGACACCUGGACCUGAGUAACAACAACCUGCAGGAUUCAGGAGUGAAGCUGAUCUCUGCUGGACUGGAGAGUCCACACUGUGCACUGGAGACUCUCAGUCUGUCAGGAUGUCUGGUCACAGAGGAAGGCUGUGCUUCUCUGGCCUCAGCUCUGACAUCCAACCCCUCCCACCUGAGAGAGCUGGACCUGAGCUACAAUCAUCCAGGAGACUCAGGAGUGAAGCUGCUGUCUGCUGGACUGGAGGAUCCACACUGGAGACUGGAGACUCUCAGGGCGGAGCCUGGUGGAGUCCCAUGGUUGACUCCAGGUCUGAGGAAGUAUUCCUGUGAACUCACAAUCGACACAAACACAGUGAACAGAGAGAUCAAACUGUCUGACAACAACAGGAAGGUGACACAUGUGAAGGAGGAUCAGUCAUAUCCUGAUCAUCCAGACAGAUUUGACCUCUGGCCUCAGUUGCUGUGUUCAACUGGUCUGACUGGUCGCUGUUACUGGGAGGUCGAGUGGAGCGGAGUGGUUCAUAUAUCAGUGAGUUACAGAGGAAUCAGAAGGAGAGGAGACGAUAAAGACUGUUGGUUUGGAUGGAACGAUCAGUCCUGGAGUCUGAUCUGCU